CGAUCGUGAAAGCUGUGGUGAAGGUCCGUGUGAAUGCCUUCUCCACAGAACUUUCUGUACUAAACUGUGUUUUAUCCACCGCAUGUAAUAUCGAAACCUGGAGGAACUUAUUUCUACAACUUAAAGCAGGAUGUGGCAGCCUACACACGUCCAAGUAACAGUACAAAGGGCGAGGAAUCUACUCUACAAAGGGAAAAAUGAGACAAACGAUGCUUUCGUGGUUAUUGCACUCGGGAAGGACAAGUUCCAGACGUCCAUCAAGGAGAAGGCGCCCAGCAACGUAGACUGGCAUGAAGAAUGCGAACUAGCUAUUCCAUCCCAUGGGAACACAGCUGCAUUAAAACUCACAGUAUUUCACCGCAAUGCCCUUGGUCUUGAUGAAUUUUUGGGGCAGAUUGAGCUUCCCCUUAGUGAGUUUGACGUCUAUGAAAGACCCAGGAAUAGAUGGCAUCGUUUGAAAGGAAAACCAGAGAAGGACCGCAAAAAGGGAGAAAAAGAAAGAGGAGACCUGGAGGUUAAGGUGGCAUUCACAGUAAAAUCUGGAUCGCUUCUGGAUGUGUCCAAUAAAACAAGUAAAAAUAAAUCCAUAACAUCUUUAAAGAAUCUAGGUGGUAGCUUAAUGAGUUUAGGCAGCAAAGAAAAAGCAAGCUUAAAGAAUUUUGCCAAGUCAGUCAGUCAUAAAAUAGACAAGGUUGCACACAAGCCAGGCAAAAAGAAGAAUCGCAAAGAGAGUCGAGACAACCAGGGCUUCCCCCAGGAGUUAAUGCAGUCACGGCAACACGCAGGAGAAGCAGAUCCGGGCGUUAUAUCCGAUAGUGAUGAUGAAGGAUUUGGGUUUGAUGAAGAAGUCACAGUUAACACUCGGUCCAGUAGCCCUUACAGCACCAUAUCCAGAGGUUCUUCUCUCCUCCAGGAGUCUCAUGAGGAUGAAGCCCUGCGCCAUAACAGCCACAACCUGUCCAUCCCAGAAACCAGACCUCCUCCAAAGCCAGCUCGUCUUGGAGGCCAUGUGGAUGUGCCCGUCAUAGCAGUGGAGCCCAUGCCCCCACCAUCUCCUCAGUCCUCAAUUUCCUCUCACUCUCAGGAACCUUCAACCCCCGUAACUGCUUCCAACCCACCCAUGAUGUUCCCAAACCUAACCCCAAUUAAUCUCUCCUCCCAUAAUGAUUCCCAGUCCUCUCGCGACAGUGCUUCAUCAGACUCUGCAAUGACUAUGUCACUAACUAGUAGUAUAACCACCAAAGAUAACUCGAUACCAAGUUUGGAGCCCGUUUCCCCUGAAGUUACCCCAGAGCCAACCCCAGAACCCACCCCUUCAUUUAAAGAAGAGCUUAAACCCAGUGUGCCAAGAGAACCUCCUUCUCCAGAGAAACCUGUUCGAUUUAAAAGAUCUUCUAGCGUUACUGAGACUACUGCUCCACCUUCUCCUGCUUCUGUAAAAUCUGAGCAAUCACUGGCAGUUCCAUCUCCAACUAAGGGACGUUCACUUAGUACUUCAGCAGCCCCAAAAGUUAUGGAAAGAACAGUCAUUACUCCUCCUACAAAGGAACGUUCCUCUCCAAAAGGGUCAGCUCUUGAGUCAUUGGUAUCAUCUGCAUCAAAAGUAUCAUUGGUUGAAAGGGCCCUUGUUUCUCCAACUACUCCACCUACUCUUGAGAAGAGUGACUCUAGCCAGAAUAUUUUGGAUGUUAAAGCACCAAGUGAACAAAAUGGGUUCAAUGUAUCUGCUCCACCAACUCCCACCACACCUAGUGCUUUUACAUAUAACUUUGGAUCUGGCUCAGCCACACCCUCUACUCCUGCUACUCCCAAGGAGAGCAGUUCUGGUCCCACUCCUGCCACCCCAACUUCCCUGACAUCCCGAGGGACCCCAGGGCUGGCUGAGCGGCCCAGUGCUGCAGUGGUGCGUUCUGGGUCCCUUCAUGAAAAGCCCAACACUCAGCCCAUCGUUGAUGAGUGGGAGAGGAAACUUUAUGGCAGGAAUGCUAAAGUCAAGAAGAUUUCAGCAGAUAAAGCAAAAGUUGUUGGAAGUAUGGAGAACAUGAAUAGAAGUGACAGUCGAUCUUCCCUUGGUAAUUCACGUUCUAGCAGCACCCAAGAUGUUACACGAGGAGAUGAACCUGGAACAAGGUUCCCAGAAAUAAAGGCUUUGCGUCUUGAGAAGAAAUCAAGAGAAGAUGGUGAUGAAACUGAAGGAAAAAAGAGACGAGGCAAAGUUGGAGGACUUAAAUCCAAACUCUUUGGAGGAAAUAGUCGAGAACGCAUUGGAGAAGAAGAUGGACGGUUUGUUGAAGGAGGAAACGAUCGUCUUCCACAUCCUCCAACACAUCAGUCACGUUUGCCUCAAGAGAUUCACGAUAAAUUUGCUGGGAAGUCACGAGAGGAUUUACUUGAGAUGAUUGUGAACCUGCAAGCAUCAAUAGAAAAGAAUGCUCGCCACACUAGGGAUCUCGAAGACUAUAUUGAUGGUCUUCUUUUGCGAGUGAUGGAAACCACACCAAACCUUCUACAAGCACCCAUCACUAAGGGCAAAAAAUUAAACAACUAAUAAAGACAGCAAAAACAGUACUGGUCAAGAAAACACUACAAAAGUGUUUGGCCGCUCCUAAAGAAGCUUGACAGGAAAUUCCAUCCAGGACAUACUUCCCAGGCACCUCACUGUUUGCCUGGUUUUGCAUCAUCAAGCAGUUUAAGAUUUUCCUUUGGGCUUCCAGUAUCACAGAACUAUUGUGUAAAUAUAUUGGGCACUGUUUAACUGCAAAAUUUUUGUUUCGUUUGUUUCAGGAACUUUUAGUGUGGGGUAACAUCUAUGCAGUUUUAUAUAAAUAGGAAAUAAAAGAUGAGGAUUUUUUUGUUACAAACCUAUGACUUUCAAAAUGUAAAUAUUAUAGGAUGUUCUUUUUGUCACUUUUCAGAACUGUACAUGAAAGAGAAUAUCAAUGUAUUGUUUUCUCACUAUAAUGGGAGCAUAACAGAAAAUAUACUACAUUAUAAGAUAAUUAACAGGAUGUUUGUAAUUAAUUAAAAAAAUAAUUCACUGUAAACAGUCCUUUGAUUUUGAUGUCAAUAGAGAGUAAGAAAAUAUGUAUUUAUUCAGGUUGUGAGAGCAUUUUUUACUCUCUUCACCCAAGUCUCCAGAAAGCAGUAAAAUCUGUGGCAUUAGAUCUUAACAGAGAUAAGACUUUUCUCUUUAUUCAUAUUCAUCUGGUUCAGAGUAUAUGAAAGAGGGUUGCUGAUUGUUACUUAAACCAGAAGUUUUUUGCUUUGGUCCAUGAAAUUGUUUUUAUAGUAAGAAGUUAUUUUGGAUAAACUUGGUAUGACAACUAAAUGUAAGUAAUAGUAUAUUUCUCUUGUAUGAUCAUUAAAAUUCACUUUGUAAUCUCUUCAUUGGACUUGCAGUAUUUAGCCAGUGCCAAAAAAUUAAAGCAAGUUAAAUAUGCAAGCCUCUAUUGCUUGUGUAUGACUUUGUGAGAGAUAUUAUGCAGUCCUUUCUUACAGUUAUAAUGUUAUUUAUCUUUAUAAGAUCAUGAUUUUUAUGAUCCUUCUCUUUUUACUAUCUAAAUGUGGCUUCUUAACAAAACAGUUGGAUGUUGUUACUUGUACUUUGAAGUUAUAUUUUGUUUCACUUUGUCUUCAGUUUAUUUCAUUGUUUCUUAUGCAUUAUAUGUCAUUUUGAGGAGGCAGUACAGUUGGUAUGACAAAAGGCACAUUGUUUUUUGAAAUUCAAAGUAAGAGACCAUUCAUUUUGAUAAUUGUGGACUUCCAUUUUUAAUUUUGAAGAAUUGUAAAUGUUAGUGUUAAGCUGUUAUCUGAGGAAUAAGUGUUUUAAUGUAUGGCAGAUGUACUGUUCUCUUGGAAUAUGGAAAAUGUUCCAUCUAUUUAAUUUAAUUCACUAAAGGUUUGUGAUUAUUUAGGAACUGAGGAAUUAGUGUGUGUGCAAAUGCUAAUUUUGAAACCAUUAUUUUUUUUCUAAUGUUAAAUUUCAUGAAAUAGAUUUCCUUUCUCUUUUGUUCGUUUGUUUUGAGGCCAGAGGUAAAAUAACUGCAUUGUGCAUAAAACUGUUUCAUUUUCUGCAACAUUCCCUUUGGUUUUCUACUUGUUUAACUGUCUAGCAGUGUUAUGUACUUACACUUGUAAGGGGUAUUUUCUUGCAUUUCCUUUCAUAUAAUGCUUUAGUGUAUAUUGUGUAUUACAAAGCUUUACAAGAGUCCAUAACUAUGUUGGAGUGUCAGAUGGAUUGAGACUCCUAGUUUUGUGACAAAGUUGUGAUAAACAUGGCCUUUUUAAUAGUAGCUGAAAUAUGCAAUGAAUGAUUGUGAAGGUAUUGAAUGAAUGGUUUAGCUGUAAAUAAUAUGUCUUUUGUAAGGGAGUAGAUAUGGUAAUAUUAACUACAAAGACUGCAAUGUAGAUACUUGUAAGCAUAAUGCAUCUAUACACUUUAAAUGAAUUCCUGAACAGUUACACAAGGUGCUUGUAUGCUUUAUAAGAGUGACUGAGCAAUAGGUCUCAGGUUUUGCAUAGAUUUUCAUAGGGGGUCAAAUUAUUGGGUUUCAGUGCUGAGAAUAUAUUUGCAAAGAAGUUAUGACUAUUUCCUGUAUUUGUAAAAUUAUCAAAAGAUACAUUUGUUUGAUUUUAUUCAAAUAUUUUGUGCUGGUUGUGACAUGAUAAGGGCAAAUGUGUCUUUUUGUCCAUACUAUAGACAGUAUUAAAUCUAAUAUCAGCAAUGUGCAAGUACUUAAUUCAAGUACCUCUUAUAAUAGACUGUCAUGUGAAUCUCAUGAUACUUUGUUAGAAUUAGGAAAACUGGGCAAAAUGUUUUAUACUUACACUCUGGGCAUAUUAUUUUGAGAGGGAUCUUGUACUGUUUGAUGAAAUGUAUGAGGUAAUGUAAAUUUUACGUAUUUAUUGGGAAGAUAUUUAAUAAAUUAUUAUAUUUAUUAACAGAUAAGCAGCUUUAAUCAGAAUGAAUGAUGAGGUAUUUUCCAAAUGCUGUAACUAAUAAGUGGUCACACAUUCCUCCUUUGAGGCCUGAAGUCUAGAAUUGGUAUUUACUUAAAAUACUAAAAUUAUUUCAGGAAACGAUAUCAAAACAGGAUCAUGUCUGCUUGUAAAACUGAAGUGAAAAGAGGAAAGUGAAAGUAGACAUACAAUUAUUUUGAGUGCAAUAAAUCUCAUGUUAGAUUGGGAUGGUGUAAAGCUAUAAGGUUAGGUUACUCUAUCAGUUAUAUUUAGUGCAAUUUCUCAAGAAAAAAUACUUUUAAAUUUAUAAACUACCUAUUUUGUAUUUUUCUGACAGUUUUGAUGGGGUGGUUAUUAAAAGAAUGUAUAGAAAGAAUUGUGAAAAUUUUGUUGUAAUUAUAUUUUCAGUAAGAACCAUAUGCAGAUUUUUUUUUUUAAUAACUGUCAUUAGCAAAGAGUGUAUUUGCACAUUUGUAUUAUUAUAACUGCCCGUAAGAAUCUUUGGUAUUUGUUGGUGUGGUGUAACUAGAAAGAAAUGUCUCUUGCUGUAAGAGUGUGUAUUAAGAAGGAAAAACUGCAACUAUUUACUGCAACCAUUUUUUUCUGAUUAGCAAAAACCUUUGGAAUUAUGAUGCUUAAAUAGAAGAGCACAGUAGGAGGAUGGAUUGGUUAGUUAAAAUUAAUCUAUGCUUUAGCUAGCUUAGAAUAGGAAAUCAUUUACAUUCAAAGUGCCUUAUAUAAUGGCUAGUGAGUUUAUCUUCCAUUGUAUCUAUAAAGAAUAUUUUGCAUAUAGAACAUUCUUGGUUGUAAUUGAAUAUUUAACUGCAGCAUGGAGAUAUGGAUGUAUGGAUAAACAUAGGGGCAUAUGCACGCACACUUACACUUUUAAAAUUUGUAACUUUAACUUGGUCAACAUUCACAAAUGGAUACCCACACAGACAUAUACUUCAUUUCAUUUACAUAUAUGUGUAUCUUUAUGUUUAACUGUCUAUAAGGGUGAAAGGAUCAUUUAGUUUUCUUUUUUGAUAGGCAAGAGACUUUUUGUAAUGUAGAAACUAAAAGUUGUUAAGACUUGUAACUGAAUGUAUCAUCCCAUAGUUAUUUUGAUAACUGUGCAUAACACAUAAAUAAAUCAUACAAAUGUA